AUGAACGUACUGAUAGAGGACUCAGAACUGAGGGUUGACCCGAAGCGGUGCUCCGACAGCGAUCACAUUGGUGAAGGUGGCACACUUGAGGGUCGAUCGAUGGCGAUCUUUGUUGACAGUGAAGCAGCGACGCAUGCGAGAGUUAGCGCUCGAGAGUGGGCGCUAGUACUAGUGAACGCCCGUAAGCGGCGUGCUAUAUAUGAUCUUAUCAGCGAAUCCUUGAAGACGAGACGCGUGAAAAUUGAACCUAAUGGCAGCCGUACGGCCAUAUACAGGGCGAUGGUGGAAUAUGACGAAGCGAGUGUCAAGGGUAUUCGAGGAGAUGGGAAUGUUCGGGGCUCUUAUGUUGCUGCCGGUGGCCUAGAAGGAAAUGCUUCGGUUUGGUCCAUUGACUCUGGUCGACUUCUUUUCUUACUAGAAGGAGAAGUACCCGUUCUCUCGCUUGCAUGGAGCUCAUCAUCCGAGUACAUCUUCUUUCUGGGUUUGGGAAAUGGAUCAAUGGUGAAGGAAUAUGCGCCAGGAACUUUUCUACUCACCGGGAGUUUCCAGUUGAGUGUAUUGCUGUGGAGGAGAGUGCUCUGGCGAGCAGCGCAAUCGAGGAGUACCGUGCUUCCUGUAUCUCGUCCCUCACCGACAAUACUAGAGGACAAGUCAAUAAUACCUCUCGCCCGCGUGGAAGAUCCGGACGCUGUAUCAACUACCGAGAAUGCGAAAGUAAUCGUUUGCGGGUUGCACUGGAUAAAAACGGACUACUCUGGUCAGGUCUUGUUGAUCUCUUAUGUGCACCAUGGACUUGCAUUUUGGGAUGCAGUUACUGGAAAGGUUUACAAUCGCAUAUCGUCAAACACACCUAUGCUACUGGCUAUCUCCAAUAUUAACGCCGGUUUCGAUAUUUAUGAUCUCGUAUUGGGAACGCUUUUAGCAUCAUUCACACACAAAGUUGGGCGAAAGCUUAGAAUACCCGUGCUCUUCCUCCACUCCGGCGGUGCACUCAUCGGCGGUACUACUACAGGCAACAUAACCAUGUGGGACACUAAAACAGAGGCUUUCUUGCAAGUCCUUGAGCAUGGUGAUGGUGACACUGUCCUAGCAUUAGCGGGACCAGCACAUCUCUCAGAUCAGAAACGCCCUUUCAUUGUUACUGCGGGAGCUGCUUCAAGGUUGGGUACCCCCUUCAUAAAGCUCUGGUACGGAUAUAACGCACAUCACCAGGCCGAUCAUCCAGAACAUCAAGCUGAUAACUCGCAAUACGAAAAUAGGCUCCUUUCUUCAAUGUCCCUAAAUGAACAUGCAACCGAGAGUUGGAUGGACAACAUGUUACUUAUUGCCCUCCUAGCGGCUCUUCCUCUUACCCUCCCGAUUAUUGAGGCUCUGCUGAAGGGACGGUGA